CGCUCAGGGCUCAGGGCCUCACGUUUAUCUCCUCCCCCCUGUUUCUUAGACCUUUCCCCUUCUCUCGGCCUCUCUCUCCCUGGCGGCGACGGCUGGGCGAGUGGCGGCGCCAUUUCUCACGUCUUCGCCCAGCCCUUUGCCGGCGACGAGCGCAUCCUCCAGGGAGAGUGCUCCACUCACAUAGCUGAUAGUAGGAUGAGUCUCUGUACAAUAGCAAGACGGCUAUGUCUUUCAAGACCAUCCUCUGGCAGUCGUCUUUCAGCAGUUUGGGCUCAUCUAUACAGCACUGAGGCUGUAAAGGACACAGGUGCUAUGAAGUACAAAUACCCUGAUGUAUACGAUCCUUAUGGGCCUAUGGCACCACCAUCAGAGAAAGUUGUGGAUUUAGCUGACCGCAUUGCUGCUCUCCCUCCUGAGGAGAUCAAACAGAUCGCUCCAGCCCUCCUCUUCAGACUGAACCAAGAGCCACCGCAGGCGAUAUCUGGUCAGGGUUUCAGUUUUGGUCCGCAGGGUGGUUCUGGGGCUGGCGGUGCAAAGGCUGAGGAGAAGAAAGCUGAGAAGACAGUCUUCGAUGUAAAGUUGGAGAAAUUCGAUGCUGCUGCAAAGAUCAAGAUUAUUAAGGAGAUCCGGACGUUUACUGAUUUGGGGCUGAAGGAGGCGAAGGAGCUUGUGGAGAAGGCCCCUGUCGUUCUGAAGCAAUCACUUACAAAGGAGGAAGCGGAAGCAAUCAUAGAGAAGAUCAAGACUGCUGGUGGUGUUGCUGUGAUGGAGUGAGGGGAUCUUCUGGACACAACAGAACUUCUUAUCUUCUAGUUUUUGUUGUUACCAUUAUCGGGCAUUUGAGAUUGCACAUUGCCGUGCCUAUGUGCUGAUGAAUGAAAUGGUUCAGCUAUGUUUGUAACCAAAGUGAGAAGGGAACUAGAGUUUAGUUGCUAUGAUGAUAACUUUGACUUCUUCCACAAUAAGCUUUCGUUGUCUCUUGACACAUUUUCUGGUGGAGUGCCGUGCACCAUAACUCAGUGAAUGAGUGUGGACACCAUUGCCAUGAAUCUGAUGUCUCGUACCUUCUUUUUCUUUAA